CACACCACUUGUUUCCGGCAUCGACAGACGUGACGUGGUGGCAGGCACAACCUGGCAUUUGGCAUUGCACGGCAGCCCGCACUGCUUUCAUGUAUGAACCCGGCACAUGGCCGUUGUGCGCCUCCGUUCGAGAAAAGGCAAAUUGACUGGCGCUCGCAGACGCAUUUCGCUCUCGUGCUACACAGCAGCAGUCAACGAAUCCUGACAUAUCGCCGCCACGCCGCCUCCGCCUCCGCCUCCGCCUCCAUCUCCUGCGCCCGCCACCGACACCGACGCCUCACCCUACCCUGCCCUGCCCUGCCCUGCCCUACCCUACCCUACCCUACCCUACCCUACCCUAUUGCCCGAUGCCCCACCGCCAGCAGCAUAAGACGUGCUAGCUGCUGCCAUUCGAAACUUUUGUGACCACAAGGCCAAGAUGUGCGCGCAUGAGCAAGGAACACUACUGUAGAAUACCCUUGAAUAAUAAAGUGCUGCACUGAGCAAGGUCCGUCGCCGGUCGCGCUCGCUGUAAUAUCCUAAGCUUAUGGUCUUGUGGUCGCGAACGAUACCGCGUACCUGGAUUGCCUCGAAGUCAAAGAUCCAUAUCGCCCGCCCUGUCUUGUUCUGUCUGAACACCUUGCCGGACCGCCGCUUCACACCACCAACCUACCACCUGCUCACGAAGCUCGAAUUCGAGCCCUCUGGUCCCUCCCUCCUUGACACGACCAUACUCCUUCCAUCACCCUUCUGUUUGCUGCCUCGAGCGGAAGGAGCCUCUGCGCCUUCCCGCGUGCCACGACCAGCGCAAUGCACAACCCUCGCCCGCAGCAG